AGGCGGGGAGGGAAGCGUAACAGCCCUGGUUCUGGCCCUGGCCCUGGAAGGAGAGAAGCCAGAGGGCUGGGAAGGGGCCAGGCACUCGCUCGCUCUCGCGCUGGGGUUGGACUGGAUUGGGAACCCAGGCGCCGGGCGGGCGGAUGAGAGAAGCGGGGAGUCAGGUGCGGGCACCGCGAAGGAAGGCUGAGCAGGGGGGCGCAGCAGAGAGUGGAACCCACUAGCUCGGCCGAGGAAGAGAACUGGAGCCAGCUCUGUUUGGGGGCUUGCGCUGGUCUGGCCCAGUCGAGGAAGGAGGAAUUUGUUUCCAGCCUUCGAGGCACGGAUCCGCCGUGUGGAGCCAGCGCUGAUUCGGGACCCGCCUGGACCAAUUCCGGCCCUGGGACAGUUCCCAACCCGGGCUGUUCCCUUCAGGGCAGGGCUCCUGGCUCUGGCCCCCACCUCCCCGGCCCCCCAACUCAAUUCCAGGAGCUGGUGAUUUGGGGGGAAACCGGAGCCGACGGCUUGUUUUGGUUUGUAGAACAUGGGCAAGGCCCGCAGCUCCCUCCUGUGCGUGCUGGUGGCCUGCUGGAUGGGCACGGGCGCUGCCCACUCGGAGCUGCACUUCCUGGAGAACCCCUCAAACCAGACCUCGUCCCUGGGCAAGGAUGUGCGGCUGCGCUGCGCCGUGCAGCUGAGCCAGGAGCUGCCUGAGAUCAGCUGGCUGCGGGACGGGCAGGUGCUGGAACUGGCCGACAGCAACCAGAUGCAGAUGCCCAUAAACGACAAGGUCUGGCUGGCCAUCAGCGAGCUCAGCAUCCCGUCCGUGCAGCUCUCAGACGCGGGCAGCUACCAGUGCGUCAUGUGGGUGAACGGGGAAGAGGUUCUGUCCGACGCCGCCCACCUGGAGCUGGAAGGUCUGCCCUUCUUCUCCGAGGAGCCCCAGGACCUGGAGGUGGCAGCUGACACCCCCUUCAACCUGAGCUGCAGCGCCCAGGGCCCCCCCGAACCAGUGCGGGUCAUCUGGCUGCAAGACGGGGCCCCCCUCAACUCCCUGGUGGACCCCAUGGCACGGGCGCCCUCCGUGCUGGCCGUGAGCGGUCUGAACAGAAGCGCCUCGUUCUCCUGUGAAGCCCACAAUGCCAAGGGUGUGGCCACCUCCCGGACCGCGGCCGUGACAGUGGUCCCCCAGCGGCCGAGGGGCCUGGUGCUGGUGACGCGCGGCGAGAACACCCUGGAGGUUGGCUGGGAGCCGGGGGCCAGCGGGGCAUCGCCCCUCAGCAUCUGCACCGUCCAGGCUGUGCGCACUGACCAGGACCUCAGCACCGUCCCCCCCGAGGCCAUGUACAACCAGAACCUCAACGUGCCACCCUUCCGCCACCUCAUCCAGGGGCUGGCGCCCUUCGCCUCCUACCACGUCCGCGUGGCCUGUCGCAGCACGGCCGGCGCCUCCCGCUGGACCCACUGGGUGCCCAUGGAGACCCUGGAAGGGGCGCCCCGCGCCCCCCCGGAGAACGUCACGGCCUUCCAGAACGGCAGCUGGGCCAUGGUGCACUGGCUGGCGCCACGUGGGCCACUCGGCGGGAUCCUGCGUGGGUACAGGCUGGCCUAUCAGAGCCCCGAUUCACCAGAGGUGGUGGUGGAUGUGGGGCUGACCACCGAGAAGACCCUGGAGCUGGUCUCGGAGGUGCAGAACCUGACGGUGCGGGUGGUGUCGUACACCAGCGCCGGGGACGGGCCCUGGAGCGACGCCGUCGUGGUCUCCCCAUCCUAUCCGCUCGCCCCACAGACCCAGGAAGUGAGGGAGAACGCGGCCCCCGCCUUCUCGUGGCACUGGUGGGCCGUGAUCCUGGCCGUGGGCCUGGCAGUGGCCUUCGCCAUCUUCUUCGUCCUCGUCCUGGCCCGGCUGCGCAAGAAGGAGACGCGGUUUGGGGAGGCCUUUGAGCCCCGAGUGGAGCAGGGUGAGCUGGUGGUACAUUACCGUGUCCGCAAGUCGUACAGCCGCAGGACCAUGGAGGCCACGCUGAACAGCCUGGGCAUCAGUGAGGACCUGAAGGAGAAGCUGCGGGACGUGAUGGUGGAUCGGCACAAAGUGGCCCUGGGGAAGACCCUGGGUGAAGGCGAGUUCGGCUCCGUCAUGGAAGGGCAGCUCAACCAGGACGACAGCGUCCUCAAGGUGGCCGUCAAGACCAUGAAGAUCGCCAUCUGCACCCGCAGCGAGAUGGAGGAUUUCCUGAGCGAGGCCGUCUGCAUGAAGGAGUUCGACCACCCCAACGUCAUGAAGCUCCUGGGGGUGUGUCUGCAGAGCACGGAGAGUGAGGGCUACCCCUCGCCCGUGGUCAUCCUGCCCUUCAUGAAACACGGCGACCUGCACAGCUUCCUUCUCUACUCCCGGCUCGGGGACAGCCCCUUGUACCUGCCCACGCAGACGCUGGUGCGGUUCAUGGCCGACAUCGCCAGCGGGAUGGACUAUCUCAGCAGCCGGAACUUCAUCCACCGGGACCUGGCCGCCCGCAACUGCAUGCUGAACGAGAACAUGAACGUCUGCGUGGCCGACUUCGGCCUGUCCAAGAAGAUCUACAACGGCGACUAUUACCGACAGGGCCGCAUCGCCAAGAUGCCCGUCAAGUGGAUCGCCAUCGAGAGCCUGGCUGACCGCGUCUACACCACCAAGAGCGACGUGUGGUCGUUUGGGGUCACGAUGUGGGAGAUCGCCACGCGGGGGCAGACACCGUACCCGGGCGUGGAGAACAGCGAGAUCUACGACUACCUGCGCCAGGGCCAUCGUCUCAAGCAGCCCCUCGACUGCCUGGACGGGCUGUACCAGCUGAUGACCAGCUGCUGGGCCCUGCACCCCAAGGAGCGCCCCAGCUUCGAGGAGCUGCACGGGGCGCUGGAGAAGACGCUGUGGAGCCUCCCGCCUGCCCAGGGCCCCGACGAGAUCCUCUACGUCAACAUGGAGGACGGGGGGGCGGAGCGGGGCGCUGUGGGGGGGCUGGGCCCCGAGCCGCCGGCCAAGGAGCAGCUGCUCCCAAAGGGGGCUGUGGUGGCCCAGGUGCACCGGGCCGAGGGGGCGGGACGCUACGUCCUGUGUCCCGCCCCCCCCGAGAGCGGCCGGUGGACGGGCGACCCCCCCGCCUCCCCCGCGCCCUGCGCCGCCACCGAGGAGGGGGCCUGAGGGGGGGCUGAUCCCCAGGGGGCCCCGAUCCCCGUCUCGCUGGCAGGGCUGGGCAGCCUGCUAGGGUGGGCCGAGAGCCUCCCUCUACCAGCUGCCCCCAUCUCCUGUCUGACCCCCCCACUGACCCUGGGCCCCGCCCCCAUCUCCUGUCUGACCCCCCCACUGACCCUGGGCCCCGCCCCCAUCUCCUGUCUGACCCCCCCACUGACCCUGCGCCCCACCCCCAUCUCCUCUAUGAUCCCCCCGAUCCUGGGCCCUGCCCCCGAUUUCCUGUCUGACCCCCCCCCCGAUCCUGGGCCCC